ACCUCCAGCAGCACCCCCUCGGCAGCCAGUCCCCCCGAAGGACCUACAGCCGCAGGUCCGCAGCAGUCGUGCCCCGGUACCCGCAGUGCCGUCCGGACAACCGAGACCUACAGCAGCAGCUGCCGCUGGGACCAAACACGGGGCAGCCGGACCCCGGUACUGCCGUCCCCAGCAAUGAGGCCGCGUUCCCCAUGGGCUCCGUGCCGGUAGCGGCGGGAGCCCAUCCCCGCCGCCUCUGGGCGGGCCGGGCUGGGCCGGGCGGCUGCGCACACGGGCCGGCCGGGCCCGCCUCCGCCGCUCGGCACAGCAGCACCGCGGACAGCGCCGGUCCCCCCGCGCGGCUCCGCACGGCCCGGUGGCAGCGCCGGUUCCCGCCGCGGCACAGCCCUGCCCCGCCCGGGCGCCCGCCGCGCCAUGGCCACGGAGGUGCACAGCCUGCAGGAGCUGCGGCGCAGCGCAUCCCUGGCCACCAAGGUCUUCGUGCAGCGGGAUUACAGUGAUGGGACCACGUGCCAGUUCCAGACAAAGUUCCCCCCAGAGCUGGAGAGCCGGAUUGAACGGCAGCUCUUCGAGGAAACCGUGAAAACUCUUAACAGCUUCUACGCUGAGGCGGAGAAGAUUGGGGGCAGCUCCUACCUGGAGGGGUGCCUGGCCUGUGCCACUGCCUACUUCAUCUUCCUCUGCAUGGAGACGCACUAUGAGAAGGUCCUGAAGAAGAUCUCCAAGUACAUCCAAGAGCAGAACGAGAAGAUCUAUGCGCCGCGGGGGCUGCUGCUCACCGACCCCCUGGAACGUGGCAUGAGGGUUAUUGAGAUCUCCAUCUACGAGGACCGGUGCAGCAGUGGCAGUUCCAGCAGCGGCAGCUCCAGCAGCAGCAGCGGUGGUGGGGGCGGUGGUGCAGGGGGCCGGUGACUGGCAGGGGGUCCCUGCAGGGAUUUGUACUGCCGGGACAGUGGCCUCUCUGAGCUCCGCAGGCUGCACUACCAGAGCACCCGCUUCUGAGCCCAUGGCAGGUGGGAGAGUGAGGCCGGGGGCUGCCCGGCAGGGCUGCCCACCCCCCUCUGCUCUGUGCCCCUGCAGUGGCUCUGCCCCUGCUCAGACCCACUAUGGGCAGGAGCUGGGGCAUCCCAGGUGCUUCCCACUGAGCCAAAAUGGUGCCAAGGGACUCCCACAGCCCUUCUGGUGCUCUGUGCUGCUGCCCCUGCACCAAGAAAAGGAGCUCGCCCUGCUGCGGGCAGCCCCAGCUGGCAGUGCCCUGCGUGCCAUGCAUCAGGGAGCAGCGGGACCAGCAAAGCCCCAGGCAGUGCUAAGGGGAGCGGGGCUUAGUCUCAUGGCGAUGGGCACUGCCAGCGCUUGUGAGACCCUCUUCCUGGGGCAUCCCACUCUUGGUGCUGCAGGGUGGGUUCAGCUGCUGCGUGCCCGCUGCCCAGGGUGACUGGCAGAGCCCUGGUGCUGCUUCAUCUUGCAUGAUGGUGCCAUGAAUUCACUCCAGUCCUGCCCCAUGUGCUGCCCAUUGCUGCUCCCCAGCCUUGGCCAGAUGCUCUGACCUAUCUGGUAGCAGCAUCCUUGCCAGCAGAAUCCUUCAGCACUGCCCACAACACUGGGCACUUGUGUCUGCUCCCUGCUCAAGCCAGUGCCAUCCCCAGCCCCAUGCCCAGGACAACGAGGUGCAGCACUGGGCAUGGGGCUGGUGCAUCCCAGCAGAUCCUGCCUGCACCCAGCUGCAGGCAGCCCCUUGCCUGCUCUGCCCCAUGACCUCCACCAAUGGAGGGAGGGUGGCUGGUGGAGCAGCUCCACCAGGACUCUUCCUCUCCUGCUGCUAAGCACUCCCCUGCCCACCUAUCCUGCAUGCAUCUGCCACCAGCACCCCAAUUCUCAGCCUGGCCUGCAGUGGGGACCCCAAGGGGCACCUGAGCCCAGUUGCAAGGUGUGUGGGUUCAUGGGCCAGGGUCAGAUCCAGGGGGGGAAUAGGAGAGUUGCUGUGACAUCCAGCACCCAGAAGAGAAGAGUCCCUGCCUGUGUGCAGGGCUGAACCGAGCCAGCAUUGCUCUCCUGGAGGGAGGACCCUGUUCCCUAGUGCUCCCUUUGGCUUUGUUAUGGCGUGUAUGCAGGGUGGCCCUGGCCCCACCCUUCCCACUGGGCCCCCCUGCAUGGAGACCUUUGUCAAUAAACCCUGUGCUUCAUCCAC